AUGCUAGCACGAAAUCUCACGGCCGCAUUCUCUGAACAACUUCGUGCCGUCAUAAACAAUACCCCUACUCAGCAACGAGUACUGGAAGAUAUGGCUGCACAGAUAAAAAGCCUGGAGGAACGAAUCGAGCCCCAUCCUGAGAUACCAAAAUCCCAUGAAUCUCAAGAAGGGAACUCAAGGACCUCCCACUCCAGUAGACGCAACAAGAACAGGCGGGAAAGGUCCAAAACUUACCCACAUCCUUGCAAGACAGAUACACGAGAUGGCGACUCCAAAACCGCCACUCCGGAUGCUCGAACUUUCCUAGAGAGCAAAAAACGAAGGACGUCCGAGAGCGUCCAGUCCCUGGUAAAUAAAAGGAGGGAGGAAAGAAAGAAGGCGGAACUCGCUGGAUCUAGCCGCCCCCCCAUUUCCGCCACCAUGCCGCGGAAUGAGGCCACCAAGAGUGUCCUCCCCGAAGAGCCCAUAUCAUUAGUCUCUCCCUUGGCCAUGGAGAUACUGAAUACUCCCAACCCCGGGAAAAUAAAAGUGCCAAAUAUGGCUGCUUUCGAUGGGGAAUCCAUAUCCUCUUAUCUCAAGAAAUUCCAUGAGGCAGUGCUGGAAGUAACUGAUUUGGAGGAGUCAGUUGCGCUGAAUGCCCUAAUCAACGGAAUGAAGGCUCAACGGCUGAAGUUCCAGUUGGUUGAAAGUCAAGUAAAAACGUAUGCAGAGGCCAUGAAACAAUGCCAAAGCUACGUCACGGCCUCGGAGAUAUGUCAGGCCCAUGACCCGAAACGGCGGAAACCCGAAAAGAAGGAAGCCGGGUCCUCUCUUCAAUCCACACGACGCAGAGAGGAACAUUCUCCGAGGGAGAGGAAUUACAUGCCGCGUCGUCCUGGGCCCCCAUCUGAUAUGGGACCUCCACGGGCCAGACAGGUAUAUGUUGCAGGAGGAGAGACCAGGACGCGGAAUCUGGGGGACGGAGGCAACGACCCAAUGUUCAAUCGAAACAGGAGGGACAUUUUCUUUGCUGUUCGAGACCAAUUGCCGGCUCCACCUCCUGUCACCACCCCCUCUGAUAGGCGCAACUAUAAUCUAUGGUGUGACUACCACAAAGAGCACGGCCACACUCUGGCACAAUGCCGCGAACUAAAAAGAAUCCUGCAUCAGUUGGCAGAUGAAGGGAAAUUGUCCAGAUUCCUCAACCGGAGGGAUUAUAAUGCGGGAAGAGAAGGGGAAAGGAGGCCGUGGCAACAAAAACGCAGAUCCCCAAAAAGGAACGAAGCCCGACACGAAAGUUCCGACACUCAAGGAACUAUCAAUAUGAUUUUUGGGGGAUACACUGAGGAAUAUCCCACCAUCCGGGCUGCAAAGAACAGUGUCCACACUUUGCUGAAAGGGCCUCCCAAGGCCUCAUCUAAGGGACCGGUCAUGAAGUUCGAUGCCACGACCUCUCAACCGCUGCAACAACCCCAUACCGACCCUCUGGUGGUCACUCUUAAAAUCGGCCAAAUGAAAGUCAGACGGGUGCUGGUAGAUACGGGAAGCACGGCCGAUCUUAUCACAAUGGAGUGCUUAAAACAAAUGAAGUUCGAGGAAAAGCACUUGCAACCCCUAGACAAACCCCUGAUUGGGUUUGGAGGGAGUCAGGUCAUCCCGUUGGGCACGAUCAUUCUCCCCGUGCGGGUAGGGGAGAGAAAUGAAAGCCGUACCAUGCCCAUACGGUUCACGGUGGUAGAUCUCAACUUUCCCUACAAUGCCAUCAUGGGGCUCCCGCUCAUUAACAAGAUCAAGGCAGCCAUCUUUCCCCACCAACUCCUGCUACAAUUCGAAACUGAUAACGGGCAAGUUGGCAUUCUAAAGGGAGACCAGGUGACGGCUCACCAAUGCCUCGUCAACAUCCUGAAGCACAGGUCUUCCGAGACACCUGCAAAAAGAAAGAGGGAAGACCAGGUCCCAGCUGUCAUGAGCGUGUACAGGGAAAAUCAUAACACGCAUGAAAGGCCCCGCCCCAUAGAACGAUACGAGGAAGUAGAUAUGUUCGAGGGGAAACAGAUCAAGAUAGGAAAAGAUCUUCCUGACACGGUCAAGCAGGACAUAGUGGCCACCAUUGCUGAAUUCCGCGACAUCUUUGCUUUUUGCACGGAAGAAAUGCCGGGCAUCCCUACCAGUGUCGCGUGUCAUAAACUUGACAUCAAACCUGGCUAUAAACCCGUAAAACAAAAGCUGCGACAUCAAGGAAGAGAGCGGACUGAGGCCGCCAAGGAGGAAGUUGAGAAGUUGCUGAAAGCCGGAUUUAUCAAAGAAUGCCGAUACUCAGAGUGGCUAUCCAAUGUUGUUCUGGUAAAAAAACCAAAUGGCAAGUGGAGAAUGUGUGUCGACUUCACGGACCUGAAUAAGGCAUGCCCCAAAGACGAUUAUCCACUUCCAAAGAUAGAUCGUCUGGUCGACUCUACGGCAGGCCAUGCAUUAUUAAGCUUCAUGGAUGCCAAUGCCGGCUAUCAUCAGAUCCCAUUGGCCACCGAAGAUCAACCUCACACGGCCUUCAUUACCAGCACGGGGGUCUAUUGCUACAAGGUCAUGCCCUUCGGAUUAAAAAACGCGGGAGCAACUUAUCAGAGGAUGGUCAACAAGGUCUUCCAAUCUCAGAUUGGACGAAAUUUAGAAGUAUAUGUGGAUGAUAUGAUCACGAAGAGCAAACAAGCAGGUCAACAUGCCGCGGACUUACGGGAAACCUUCCUUACCUUGCAAGAACACCAGAUGAAACUCAAUCCCGACAAGUGCGUGUUUGGAGUUACCGGAGGAAAGUGCCUCGGCUUUCUGGUAGACGAGCGGGGCAUCGAAGCAAAUCCCGAUAAGAUCCGGGCCAUACAGAACAUGAGAUCCCCCACCACCGUAAAAGAAGUACAAAAGCUCACGGGGUGCAUAGCCGCUCUCGGAAGAUUCCUUUCCAAGUCUGCGGAUAAAUGUUUCCCCUUCUUUAAGACAAUAAAACAACAGAAGUUUGAAUGGACAGCAGAGGCAGAAGAGUCCUUCCGCCAACUCAAGGAGCACCUGUCCACAUUGCCGAAACUAGUUUCUCCCACCAAAGGGGAGAAACUAGUCCUAUAUGUCUCUGUAUCUGAGUACUCGUUGUCCGGUGUACUGGUUGCGGAAAGGGAAAAGAAACAGCUCCCCAUAUACUACGUGAGUCAUGCAUUCCGCGGCUCGGAGGGAAACUACGGGGAAGUUGAGAAGGUCAUAUUCGCAGUCGUGAUGGCAAGCAGAAAAUUGAAGCCCUACUUCCAAUCCCACCAGAUCAUCAUCCGGACUGAUCAACCCUUGAAAAAGAUUUUGGAAGGAAAAAACAAGUCAAGCCGCGUCACAGAUUGGGCAAACCAGCUGGCGGAUUUCGGCAUCGAAUAUGAGCCUCGAACAGCAAUCAAAGCCCAAGCUCUGGCUGAUUUCAUUGCUGAAAGUACCUUCCCCUGUCAUCCUGAACCCAAUCAGGAGUGGAAGUUGUAUGUGGAUGGGUCCUCAACACAAUCAGCUAGUGGAGCUGGACUCCUCAUCAUGUCUUCCGCAGGGGUUCGUAUGGAAAGAGCAGUCAGGUUCGAGUUCGCAGCAUCUAACAACGAGGCCGAAUAUGAAGCAUUAUUGAUGGGAUUGAGAAUUUGCUAUAAAUCGGGAGCCAAAAACUUGUCCGCCUUCUCUGACUCCCAAUUGAUCGUAGGACAAGUCAACGGGAAAUUCAAAGCUAAGGAUGAUAGCAUGAAGAUGUAUUUGCAGCAGGUAAAAGAAUUUGUUCAAAAAUUCGACAAAUUCACAUUGGAGCAUAUUCCAAAAUCCCAGAAUGCCCAAGCUGAUUCCCUAGCAAAGCUGGCCAGCUCAGCAGAGACAUCCGCGGCUCGAGACAUCAUCUGGGAAGUACUUCCUAAUCCCAGCAUCAACUUCAUGGUCAACACCAUCGACAGAUCAGAUACAUGGAUGGAGCCGUACAUCGAAUAUUUGCGAAAUCAGACGCUUCCCCAAGAUAAAAGCCAGGCCAAUAUGCUCCAGAAGAAAGCAAGAUGGUUCGAACUCCACGAAGGAACGCUCUACAAGAAGUCGUAUACACACCCCCUCCUAAAAUGUGUAUCCCCUGAAGAAGGAAACUAUAUCCUUCGCGAAAUACAUGAAGGAGGAUGCGGUAUACAUCAGGGAGUGCGAACCGUCAUCGGGAAAGUCCUGAGAAGCGGAUACUAUUGGCCCUCACUCCGAGAAGACGCGGAGUACUUGAUCAAGAGAUGUCCUGAAUGCCAAUACCACUCCAAGAUAGGAAGGAAGCCGUCUAAUUACUUGACUGCCAUACAAGCCGUCUUGCCUUUCGACAAAUGGGGCAUGGAUCUUCUUGGUCCCUUCCCUCCGGCAAAAGGGCAACGCAAAUUCAUCAUUGUGGCCAUUGAUUACUUUACAAAGUACGUAGAAGCAGAAUCCCUUAGCUCAAUCACGGACAAACAAGUUUGUCAAUUUAUAUGGCGGAAUAUCAUCACAAGGUACGGCAUUCCUCGGGUGAUCAUAACAGAUAAUGGAAGGCAGUUUGUCAGCAAGAACACCAUCGAGUACUGCGACAAGUUUAACAUCCAGAUCAGAUUCAGCUCGGUGUCCAGGCCACAAACCAAUGGUCAAGUAGAGUCCGCAAACAAAGAAAUCCUGAACGGCAUUAAAAAGAAGAUAGAGGGGGUUAAAGGCAAUUGGGAUGAAGAACUACCAGGCAUCUUAUGGGCAAGUCGAACAACCGUUAAAGAAGCAACGGGGCAUACACCUUUCUCUUUAGUAUAUGGAUCUGAAGCCGUGCUCCCCGUUGAAAUAGGCGUACCCUCCACAAGGGUCACCUACUACUCACACGACGAAAACGAGGAAGGAAAAAGAGUAAACUUAGAUCUGCUGCCAGAAACAAGAGGAAACGCAAUGUUGAGAUCAAUAGCACAAAAACAGAAGAUGAUCCGUAGCUUCAAUCACCAUGUCAAGACCAGACAUAUUCAAAUUGGCGAUUUCGUCCUCCGGAAGGUCGAAGCUACGGGAAAGAAAGCGGAAAAGGGAAAGUUAGGGGCCAACUGGGACGGACCUUUCAAAGUCACCCACGUCAUCAAACCAGGAACCUUUGAGCUAGAAGACAUAAAAGGAAAAAAGCUACCACGACCAUGGAAUGGAGACCAUUUGAAAAAAUUCUUCAUUUAAUAAAAUUUGCAAGGGGCAAACAGUAAGAACAGUCUCAUCAACAUCAGUCCGCGACUACAGUCGAUCCGCAACAUAGUUGCGUUGUAAUUCAAUUAUUUCAAUCACUUGUAUCCUUAUCAAUCGUUAAUAAACAGGUUUCAUUUUCAGAAUAUCCGGCUCUUAUGUUUGCAAAUCUUAUUAAAUCAGUAACAUCGACAAGUCGGACCCCCAGAUUGGGGUCCCUAAGUUCAAAAACCUAAGAUGUUUCCUAACCGGAUCAUCGAUAAGUCGGACCCCCAGAUUGGGGUAGCUAAGUUCAAAAAUCGGAGAUGUUUCCUAACCGGAUCAUCGACAAGU